AUGCUGCCGUCACAGCCGAGGGAGCCGCUGCUGUUGGACCCUCUACCGUCGCGCCCUUUCGAGGACACUUCAGCAGACCUCUUCACCCACGCCGUCGAGUUUCUAACCAUGGCGCUUCCAUACGUAAAACAUCAGCGGAAACCAAAAUUCUCUGAAACUGAGGCAUUGACCUUGGUGGAGGAGGUGGAGCGGCGUCGCCACAUAAUUCUAGGAAGGCUGGAGGGAUCAAAAGUGACGGGGGAGAAAAAACAGCGAGCGUGGGAGGAGGUGACAGCUCUCGUCAACGAGGUCAGCCGUGUCGGGAGGACAGAAGAGGAGUGCCGCCGCAAGUUCAAAGACUUACGAAGCCUGGUGAAGGUUAAGGCGGGCAAAGAGCAGAGGCACCUCGCAGGCACCGGUGGGGGACCUUCAGACACCACCAGCUACACAGCUGUAGAGGAGGUGGUGUUAAGGAUGAUGUCCCCUGUGGCAGUCACAGGACUACCACUCCCCGACAGUCAGGGUGCCACAAUGAGGUUGUCAGGUUCUGUGGAGGAACCGCAGCCUUCCACCAGCAGUGGUGUUGGUGUCUCAUUGGGGGACUCCCAAUUUAUUGAAAUUUUCAACUUAGAAGAGAACACCACUAUAAGCUUCACGGAUGCAGCUGCUGGUGAGGUUGCUGCCCGGCCUGCCUCUACCCUCCACCCUGUCGCUUCCCAGCCUGCUGCAACUCCUCAGCCCUUCACUUCCCCCCGGCCUGUCCCUUCCCAGCCUGCCGCUACCCACCGGCCUGUUGCUUCCCAACCACCACUACCAGGUGCCCAGAGAAGAAGGCGCAGAACUCCUGCAGUUGCUCACUCCAAAGACCUGGAGGUUCUCGCCCAAGCUCAGGUCACACAAGUGGAUAUGCAGUGCAGCCUGGAUGCUCUCGUCAUGAUCCAGAGGGAGCAAGGGGAGGCACUGCAGAGGUUGGUGCAGGCCAUUGAGCAGAUGGCUGCAACGCAGCAGCAGGUUCUGGAGAACAUGGCAGCAGCACAGAGAGGCAUGAUGGCCUCUCUGCAGGAGUUUGUAGCUCUUGCUAUGGAACUCCUGAAAAAAAAAAAAGUUUCCUGUCAGUUGUCUUCUACAAUCACCUUUUCUCUGUAACUGUCUUCAACCAUUAAAAUCUCUUUGCAUUGUUGCUUCGCUCUCCAUUUUCUAAUUAUUUUCAUGCUUACUGCU